CCACUGCCUGCAGGGGACACACAGAGUGAGACAGACAACUGGCUGUUAGCAGAGAAUUACCUGCGCAAGUUCUACGACCUCCCUCCUGGCCUCCAGGGGGCGCAGGGGACCUCAGACAUCAUGAGGCAGAAGAUCCGGGAGAUGCAGACCUUCUUCCAGUUGGAGGUGACAGGGAACCUGGACACCAACACCCUAGAUCUGAUGAAAAUGGCCCGAUGUGGGGUCCCUGAUGUGGCAGAGUACAACCUCUUCCCCAGGAACCUGAAAUGGCAGAACACUAAUGUGACCUUCAGGAUAGUGAACUACACCCCUGACCUGCAGAAGUCAGACGUGGACAGAGCGAUCCGCAAUGCCCUGAACGUCUGGAGUGAUGUGACUCCUCUGAAGUUCAAGAGGUUGCACGAGGGUAUCGCUGACAUCAUGAUACAAUUCGGGACCAAAGAGCAUGGAGACUACAACCCUUUCGAUGGGCCAAAUGGUCUGCUCGCCCACGCCUACCCCCCGGGAAAGGGCAUCGGAGGAGACACUCACUUUGAUGAGGAUGAGAGCUGGACCAAAGAUUCUGCAGAGUACAACCUGUUUCUGGUGGCAAGUCACGAGUUCGGUCAUGCACUCGGUCUGUCCCACUCCAACGACCCCGGCGCCCUGAUGUUUCCGGUGUACUCCUACUCUCAGGGGUUCCCCCUGUCUGAGGAUGACAUUAGGGGGAUACAGGCCCUCUAUGGCCCGAACCCCUACCCCCCAAAGGUCAAACCCAAGCCUGAGGCCCCAAACAAGUGUGACCCCAUGUUGACCUUUGAUGCAGUAACUGAGCUCAGGGGGGAAACGAUCAUCUUCAAAGACAGGUUUUACUGGCGCCUGCACCCUCAGAUGCCUGAGCCAGAGCAGACUCAGAUCCAAUCCACCUGGCCCUCCCUCCCCAACAGAGUGGAUGCAGCCUACGAAAAUCCUGAGAAAGAUCUGGUCAUCAUCUUCAGAGGAAUCAGGAUGUGGGCCCUCAAUGGAUACAAUGUGGUAGAAGGCUAUCCAAAAUAUAUCCACAAGCUGGGCCUGCCCAAAAGCGUGCGCAAAGUAGACGCUGCCGUUUACAUCCGAGACACAGGAAAAACCCUGCUUUUUGCUGAUGAAGAGUACUGGAGCUAUGAUGAGCUCAGCGCCAAGAUGGACGCUGGCUACCCGAGAUCCAUAGAGGACGACUUUCCCGGCAUUGGAGAUGAAGUGGAUGCUGCUGUUUACCACUUUGGAUAUCUGUACUUCUUCCAUGAACACCUGCAGUUUGAGUACAGUUACAGUGCCAGGAAAGUAAUCCGCAUUCAGAGGCCAAACUCCAUGCUCAACUGCUGAAUGGCUCCUCUGAGAAGA